AACCUGCGGCUCCCUGGAUGGCGAAUGACGUCAUCAAGCCAUCUUUGUUCUCCUUACACAAGCGUGUUUAUGACUUGUUCAUUACAGUAGUGACACAGAGGAGACCAGCGGUAGCUAUUAUACAAAUACAUUGGCGAGGUGCGGCAUAAAAUAAGCGCACGAACUGAGAAAAAGGGAACAUUUACAACGGGGGAAUAAAAUCAACUUGGUGGUAAACAUUAUCACUCCCUCCUAUUGAAAACGCCAGAAGAGUGAAUCGACUGAGAGGGAGCGAGAGGGAAAAAGAGCGCUGAAGGCAACCCACUCAACAGCCACUUAUUAGGCAAAUACAUUCCAGUCGGACUUGCGUAGCCUGCAUUAAUAAACCACCAUAAGAAAUGUCUGCCCCAGCUGCCGCCGGCGCCCCCGCAGAUGGAGCGGCGCCCCCUCCAAACCUCACCAGCAACCGCCGCCUGCAACAGACACAGGCUCAGGUGGAUGAGGUGGUGGAUAUCAUGCGUGUAAACGUGGAUAAGGUUCUGGAGCGUGAUCAGAAACUGUCAGAGCUAGAUGAUCGGGCCGAUGCCCUGCAGGCUGGAGCCUCACAGUUCGAGACCAGUGCUGCAAAACUCAAGAACAAGUACUGGUGGAAGAACGCCAAGAUGAUGAUUAUCCUGGGGCUGAUAUGUGCGAUUGUCCUCAUCGUCAUCAUCGUCUACUUCAGCACUUAAGAUGAGUGGCUCCUACCCCAGUCUGCACACGAGACUGCCCGCUUCCUUGCAACAGAAAACCCUUCAAAUCAACAACAAAAAAUGUCCACUGGUGAUGAAUUAAUUAAAUUGCUCCCCAAAUAGUCUCAAUAUGACCCUGCCCAGAACCCCCUGAACCCUCUCAGCCCCCGCUUCCACCGCCUCACCUCUGGACCCCUGUCAAUUUUCGUCCUGUGAGUCUGUGGCCCUGCCUUCUUUGUAAAUACUUCCUGCUUUUCUAAUCCGUCAUUCAUACUCAGAACCCAAUACUUGUUGUGAUUGUUACCGAUGACAACGACAGAAAAGAAAAUGAUGACCCUGGCGAUAAUUGUUAUAUACCAGAUAUGAAAUAUAUAUAUAGUUCUUUGUAGGAAUGUUAUUCUGAUAUAAUGUUUUUGUAGGUUGUGUGUGGGUGUGCGUUUUGUAUUUUUUAAUUUUUGUAUUAAUUUUACUUAUGCUUCAGAUUUGAACUACUGCCUAUUAAUCAGAGUGCGUAUAUCUUGCACGUUCUCUCUCACUGUCUCUGCCUGUCUCUGGCUUUCUCUGUCUUGCUCUGUCUCCCACAGAGUAUAGGUGCAUCUUUGCACAGUGGAGUUUGUCUCCUUUAACCGAGGUACUUAAUCGAUAUUCCCAUCCUGUUCUCCAUCUUUUGCUUCUCUCUCUCUUCUUCUCUUUCUCUCUCCUACACCCUUUAGCCAUACUGUCUCUUUAGAAUCCUUCCUUCCUUCUCUUUCUUUCUGUCUCUCUCUCCGAUCAUGUACCUUCUCUUUAUUAACUGCCAAUAGAAUUGGACCAAUGUCUGUAGAUGUUUUUUAUUUGACUUAUUUAGUGUCUUAUUUCGAGAACAUUCCUCCAUUGCUGUCUAGUAAAAAUGCUGUCAGUGUAGCACAUGUAUGUGUAAGUAUCUUUAAAAAAAUAUAUAUGAAGUGAUCAUAAAUAUUAUCGCCGAUAUCAAUCUAACAAGCCAGAGUUGGAAAAAUAACAAUAUUGAUAUAUAAAAAAAAAUGAGGGCUUGCUAGUUUUUGUUUGGUGGAUCAGGAUUUGAACCUGUUUCAUUUUUUCAUUUCAGCAACAUAACAUUGCAUAACGUUGCUGUGACAAUACACCAAAUCCUACAGAGAUGUCAUUACUAACAAAUAGCUAAAAAGGAUACUUACACUAAGGGAUCAAAAAUGCGGACACAGUAAAGCCUUAGUCUCUGAUCAAAACGUAUCACAUUGAUGAUUUUUACGGUCAAAAAAUUCCCAUACACUCUUUAUUUUGUGUAGGGGGAGAGGCUGACUGAAAAGGGGGAGGCGGUGUGAAAUGCACAAAGAGCCUUGUUUUUGAUGGCGCUGUCUGGCUGGUCAACAGCAUGACCGCUGUCUGGCUGGUCAACAGCAUGACCGGCCGAGAGAGAACCUCAUUCAGCAAAACCUCACCUAUUGAUGAGCACAUACACAGACAACUCAGCCUUAUUUGAAAGUGAAGGUAGAAGUAUGAAGAUGGAUGAAGCAACUGGCAUGGACAUACAGUAGUAGAAAAUGAUGAUCUAGAGAAAGGGACUAACUUGGCCCAUGGGGGCCAGCUUCGUUGACGGAUUAAGAGUUGCUGUAAACCUUAAGUGAACUUUCCAAGAAACGUCAUGAAAAGCAGUCAUAGUAUACACACAAGCUAGAGGGAGCGUUUGCUAGUGCACUGGUUCUCUCUCUAUCUUUCUUACAUUUUCUCCCUAGUUACUGUCUUUUUCUUUUUUAAACAUAGUAAUAGCGUAUAUUUUAUAUAGUAUAUUUGUGUGUUUGUUUGAAGUAGAUAGGUAAAGAGGAGACUGAACUCAAUCAGGACUUCACUAACUGCUAUGAGCAGGGAGCUCCUCUCUACCUCUGUGUGUUGUGUGUGUACGUGCAUUUUUGUGGUUCAGCUCUGUAAGUUAAACACUGCCAAGCAACUAGGGAGAAGCUUUUGUUUUCUGCCAUUUUCUCUUUGGUGCCCUUACUGAUUUGUUCUUAGUGGAUUGCUCUUGCAUGGUCACCUCUUGUCCCAUGCCCCUGUAUAGGCCUAACUGUUUCUAGUGCUAUCUGUUUCUAGCACAUGAGGUUGGUGGCACCUUAAUUGGGGAGGACGGGCUCGUGGUAAUGCCUGGAGCGGAAUGAGUGGAACGGUAUCAAGUACAUCAAACACAUGGUUUGAUGCCAUACCAUUCGCACCGUUCCAGCCAUUAUUAUAAGCCGUCCUCCCCUCAGCAGCUUCCACAGGUUUCUAGUGCUAUCUAUCUGCCAGCUCUGUUAGUCUACUUUAUGAGUAGUAGCAGAAAGACUACUGGACCUGUGGAUAAUACAGUUGUUCCCAUAGGUUAGGCCACCUUAACAUGACCUCUUGGCCUCUGUCCCACCAUUCCCACCUAUUUCUCCUCAUUGAUUCAGGAUCCUACACUGGGGAUGUGUGUGUUGUUGAAGCUCUGCCCGUCCUGGGAAUAUCCCUAGUUUAUCCUGACAGAUUUGGCCGCUUAGACAUCAGCGGUGAGGGCAAGCUGUUUCCAUGACAACUAAAUUAGAUGAGCAGAGUGGGGAGGUAACAGAUCAGCCCACUGACUGUCUUUCAGAUUUUCCAUAUUUGUGCUCAAGGAAUAUUCCUAUGCUACAUGUACACUGGCAGAGCCCCCCCAACCAUAUGUUACAAAUAACACACACAUAUAUUUCCUUGCUCUCUCUCUCUCUCUCUUUCUCAUUCUAUUGUUAUCUCCCUCUCUUUAACUAUCUCUAUCAGACACAUGUAAAAGGAAAUGGCCUUAGCACAUUAUCUCCCAGCAAAGCCUAUCUCCCAGCCCCACCCUUCCUCUUUAUUCUACCUAACUAGAGCAAAACUAAUUCAGAGGAAAAUUACCAAAGACUAGAUGUUCUUGCUGCCAACUGCCAUCAAAAACAAGUAGAGGGACACAACAUAUUUUACCCAAGUCACUUUAACAGCAAUCCUUACUCCCCUGUUUUUGAAAGCGUACCCUUAACCCAAAAAUACCUAAAGUCACAUGACCGUUUAACCCUUUCAGAUCUUAUUCAAUAGCUCAUGUUGGCAAAUAGAUGAUGACAUAAUGUGCUAUUUGAAGAUAUGCAAGAGAAACAAAACCUACAAAAAGACGUGCUUUCAGCCCCCUUCCAUAAGACUACUUUAAUCUGUACCGAGUCUUUAGACACAAGCUCCUAUAACUAAUAAUAGCACAACUCCUCUCCUUGUGUGUGUCGCUGUCGUGCUGACAACAAUUUACAGAUGAAAUAAAAUAUUAACUUUAUCUAUAGCUGUUAAACAAAACAAACAAAACAUGCAUAAAAAAAGUAUUUAUUGUCUGGUGUUGUAGUGUGGGGGUGUAUUUGGGGGAAGGGGGGUCCUAUUUCUUCAGGUCGGAGAUUAGAGCGGUUCAUCAAAAUCUACUGGGUGAGGUCAAGAAAAUCCACGAAAGCUGUAUAAAAAUUGGAAUAGCAAAUAAUUCAAAUUUAUUUUGAAGGUGACAAAAAAAAAGAGUGCCGCCUUCGAGUUAUUAUCAUCUCAUGACACCACUGGUCGGGGUAGGACUCCUGUGCUGUUCACAAAUCCAAGGGUUGUCCUUAAAGUGCUCAGCAAAUUUAGAUUAAAAAAAAUUUGACAAAUUGAUGUUAUGUGAGUGCUCAUUUUCUGUUGCUUUUUUUGUUCCGCAAGGAUGGGUGUGCGCAACUUUUAAUGUCCUGGCACUUUUUUUUGUUGUAUUCUGGGUGUAUUUUGGGGGGCUAGGAUAUGAUGUGGUGGAGAAUAUUGUGUUAUUGCUAACACUAAGAGGUGUUCAGUGACUUCAACAUAGGAGGGAACCUUUUGAGGCACUGAUCCUUCACAGGUCGGCUAUAAAAUCACAAUGCUCUCACCAAUACACAUUACAUUUAUUUUUAUUUUUGGACCAAAUGUUUCCUUUGUAUUUUGCAUAAAGUUAGUAAUAACUUUGGUAUGAUGUCAUUGGCUUAGGUUGUGUGUACAUCGGAAGAGGAGGAAAGAUUAAAUAAAGACGUGUUCUCUAUGUUAAUCGUAUCAACCAAGUCAAGAAGAAGGGAUGUUACUGGGAAAAACAAAUGUCCAGAAAGCUUAGAAUGGUGUACAAUUCAAGACAGAUUCCUCUGUUGUCACUAUGUUUAUAUUUUGUUUGAACUUCAUUUUGUGGAGGGAAUAUUAUUUUGUUCUUUUGGGACCGGUGUUGGGGAGGUUUACAGUCCACAUUACCUCUGUUUGCCUGGUCUUUCAGGAGGGAAUAGACUGGGGGAUCAUGGGUAAUGUGUUUGGUUCAGUCUGUUUUAUUUGAUUUAUUGAUUUAUUUAUUGUGUUUUUGUUUUGAAUGGGAUUGGAUAUUAAAAACAAGGUGGAUUACAAUGUACCACAGGAUACCAAUUGAAAAUCAGAAGUACAUAAAAAACAAUUGUAGUGUAAAUCGAUCAAUGUCUUGUUAUAUUGAUGAACAUCAUGGAAAUAUAUAUAUAUAUUGGAAAAACAAUAAUUCUGAUGACCUGUGUUUAUUGUUCCCAGUGUGUGUGUGUGCGUGUUUAAAAACAAUGAUGACAUUAAAUAAAAUCUAUGCUAAAAUGGG